UUAUCAAAAAAAAUUUUGAUAAAAUGCAUGCUGUUGUUCUUGACAUCUGUCAAAAACUCAUGACGUUUCCAAAAUUUAUAAACAACAAUGUUUUUAACCAAAUAAACUAAAGAAAAAACUGUCAUGCAUUGUUAUUAAUACAUUAUAUAAAAAUAUGUGAAAUGUUAUCUAGUAUUAAGGAAAAAUUGUUAAGUGUAAAGAGAAAUGUUAACCUCUUCAACACUGAAGAGAAGCCAGAUAAGAACGAUAAAAGUUCCAUUAACUAUUUUGCUGGUGCUGAAAUACUAAGCAAGUAUCAGGAACAAUGGGCUGCUAUACAUAAGUUAAAUGAAGAAAACGCCACAAAAGCAGAGGAUUUAGCUUAUGAAAUACAAAACAUAUCGAAACAUGUUAAAAGUGAAAAAGAAGAUAUUGGCCUUAUUACACAUAUUUUAACGCAAAGCAACUUAACUGCAAAUAUUUCUAAUUGUUUAAAACAAGUAAAAAAUCUCCAUGACACUUGCAACAAUGUGGAAAAAGGAUUAAUUGCUUUAGAGGAUUUAAUUAAUUUAAAUGAUUUUGAAAACAUAAAAAAACAGCAUGCAUAUCAUUUAAAACAAUAUGAAGUUAGAAAACAAGAAUCUUUGGGGUCUUUUAAAACUAAUUUAGAGACUGAUCAUCAGAAAAAAAUACUGAAACAUGAGGCCAAUAAAAAGAAAAUUUUGGAAGAAAGACAAAAAGUUUUUCAAGAAGCGUUUAAAAGUGAUUUAGAAGUUUACAAAAAUUUAGGAACUAUUCCAAAACUUAAACUACCUAAGAAACAAAGUGCCUUACUUGAAGAAAUCCAACUAGACUUUGAUCAAAAUGAAUUGGAUCAGUUUUUUGGAGAAAAAUCAACAUUAUAAAGUGCAAUUACUUAUUGUUUUAUACCAAAUCAUAUAUUUUUACAUUAUAUUACAUAUCGUUAGAGUGUAGGGGCAUUGGUCUUUUUGUACAAUUAUUUAAAAUGACAAUUUGUUAAAGUUUGUUACUAUAUUAUUAAGUCAAUUAUGUAAAAAGUUUGCAAUAAAUAUUUUAAAUCUG